CCCAGUGCUCGGUGGUUUAAAGAUGGCGGCGGCAGAGGCGGUGUUGGGGGCGCGGAGCCGCCGGAGGGGGAGGGCAAAGGAGACUCUGUGAGUCGCCCAGAGCGAGCGCGGCGGCUGCGUGAGAGGAUCCUGGUGCGGAGCUGCCGGUGGCCGGGCCCCGGGCCGGGGCAGGGAAGGACAGACCUGGGCCGCGCCGGGAGCCAGAGGCCGGAGCGGAGGAGGAAUGUGACCGGGGGUCGGUGGGGGCGCGGGAGUACGCGAGCGCAGGGAUGGGGCAGCAGGUGGGCCGCGUCGGGGAGCCUCCGGGGCUCCAGCAGCCUCAGCCGCGCGGGAUCCGGGGCAGCAGUGCAGCCAGGCCCUCCGGUCGCAGGCGGGAUCCGGCGGGGCGCACCACCGAGACCGGCUUUAAUAUCUUUACCCAGCACGAUCACUUUGCCAGCUGUGUGGAGGACGGACUUGAGGGAGACAAGACUGGAGGCAGUAGUCCAGAAGCCUUGCACCGCCCCUACGGUUGUGAUGUUGAAUCCCAGGCACUAAAUGAAGCCAUCAGGUGGAGCUCCAAGGAGAACUUACUUGGAGCCACUGAGAGUGACCCUAAUCUCUUUGUUGCACUUUAUGAUUUUGUAGCAAGUGGUGAUAAUACACUCAGUAUCACUAAAGGUGAAAAGCUGCGAGUCCUUGGUUACAACCAGAAUGGUGAGUGGAGUGAAGUUCGCUCUAAGAAUGGACAGGGUUGGGUGCCAAGCAACUACAUCACCCCAGUGAAUAGCCUGGAAAAACAUUCCUGGUACCACGGACCAGUGUCCCGCAGUGCAGCGGAGUAUCUACUCAGCAGCCUAAUCAAUGGCAGCUUCCUGGUGCGAGAAAGCGAGAGCAGCCCUGGGCAGCUGUCCAUCUCGCUCAGGUACGAGGGCCGUGUGUAUCACUACAGGAUCAACACUGCCACGGAUGGCAAGGUGUAUGUGACUGCUGAGAGCCGCUUUAGCACCUUGGCAGAGCUUGUUCACCAUCAUUCCACAGUGGCUGAUGGGCUGGUGACAACAUUACACUACCCAGCACCCAAGUGCAAUAAGCCAACAGUCUAUGGUGUGUCCCCCAUCCAUGACAAAUGGGAAAUGGAACGAACAGAUAUUACCAUGAAGCACAAACUUGGGGGCGGUCAGUAUGGAGAGGUUUAUGUUGGUGUCUGGAAAAAAUAUAGCCUUACAGUUGCUGUGAAAACACUGAAGGAAGAUACCAUGGAAGUGGAGGAGUUCCUAAAAGAGGCUGCAGUGAUGAAGGAAAUCAAGCAUCCUAAUCUGGUCCAACUGUUAGGUGUGUGUACUUUGGAACCACCUUUUUACAUUGUGACUGAAUACAUGCCAUAUGGGAAUCUGCUUGAUUAUCUCCGUGAGUGCAACCGAGAAGAGGUGACUGCAGUUGUACUGCUUUACAUGGCCACGCAGAUCUCUUCUGCAAUGGAGUAUUUAGAGAAGAAGAACUUUAUCCAUAGAGAUCUUGCAGCGCGUAACUGCCUAGUGGGAGAAAACCAUGUGGUAAAAGUAGCUGACUUUGGCUUAAGUCGACUGAUGACUGGAGAUACCUACACUGCUCAUGCUGGAGCCAAAUUUCCCAUUAAAUGGACAGCACCAGAGAGUCUCGCCUACAAUACUUUCUCGAUUAAGUCAGAUGUCUGGGCUUUUGGGGUACUGUUGUGGGAAAUUGCUACAUAUGGAAUGUCACCAUAUCCAGGUAUUGACCUGUCUCAGGUCUAUGAUCUGCUGGAAAAAGGAUAUCGAAUGGAACAGCCUGAGGGAUGCCCCCCUAAGGUUUAUGAACUUAUGAGAGCGUGCUGGAAGUGGAGCCCUGCUGACAGGCCUUCUUUUGCUGAAACCCAUCAAGCUUUUGAAACCAUGUUCCAUGACUCUAGCAUUUCUGAAGAAGUGGCCGAGGAGCUCGGGAGAGCUGCCUCCUCCUCGUCUAUUGUUCCAUAUCUGCCCCGACUGCCAAUACUUCCUUCCAAGACUCGGACGCUGAAAAAACAGGUGGAGAACAAGGAGAACAUUGACGGGGCGCAAGAUGCCACAGAAAAUCCUGCUUCCAAUUCAGCACCAGGGUUCAUUAAAAGUGCACAGACCAUUGGGUCCCCUGCCCUGCCUCGAAAACAAAGAGAUAAGUCACCCAGCAGCCUCUUGGAAGAUGCCAAAGAGACAUGCUUCACCAGGGAUCGGAAGGGAGGCUUCUUCAGCUCCUUCAUGAAAAAGAGAAAUGCUCCCACACCCCCUAAACGCAGCAGCUCCUUCCGAGAGAUGGAGAAUCAGCCUCAUAAGAAAUAUGAACUCACGGGUAACUUCUCAUGUGUUGCUUCUCUACAGCAUGCUGAUGGGUUCUCUUUCACUCCUGCCCAGCAAGAGGCGAAUCUGGUGCCACCCAAGUGCUGUGGGGGGAGCUUUGCCCAGAGGAAUCUCUGCAGUGACGAUGGUGGGGGUGGUGGGGGCAGUGGCACUGCUGGGGGUGGGUGGUCUGGCAUCACAGGCUUCUUUACACCUCGCUUAAUCAAAAAGACACUGGGCUUACGAGCAGGGAAACCCACAGCCAGUGAUGACACUUCCAAGCCUUUUCCAAGGUCAAACUCUACAUCUUCCAUGUCCUCAGGGCUUCCAGAGCAGGAUAGGAUGGCAAUGACCCUUCCCAGGAACUGCCAGAGGUCCAAACUCCAGCUGGAAAGGACAGUGUCCACCUCUUCUCAGCCAGAAGAGAAUGUGGACAGGGCCAAUGACAUGCUUCCAAAAAAGUCAGAGGAAGGUGCUGCUCCAACCAGGGAGAGACCAAAAGCUAAACUGUUGCCCAGAGGAGCCACACCUCUUCCUCUGAGAACCCCCUCUGGGGACCCAGCCAUUACAGAGAAGGACUCUUCAGGGGUAGGGGUGGCUGGAGUGGCAGCUGCCCCCAAAGGCAAGGAGAGGAAUGGUGGGGCACGCCUUGGGAUGGCUGGAGUCCCAGAGGAUGGAGAGCAGCCAGGCUGGUGUUCUCCAGCCAAGGCUGCAGCCGUCCUCCCUACUACCCACAACCACAAAGUGCCAGUCCUCAUCUCACCCACCCUGAAACAUACCCCAGCAGACGUGCAGCUCAUCGGCACAGACUCUCAGGGCAAUAAAUUCAAGCUCUUAUCUGAGCAUCAGGGCACAUCCUCUGGAGACAAGGACCGACCCCGACGGGUAAAACCAAAGUGUGCCCCACCCCCACCGCCAGUGAUGAGACUACUGCAGCAUCCGUCCGUGUGCUCAGAUGCCACAGAAGAGCCUCCUGCAGGACAGCCUGUGUCAGAAACACAGGAAGGAGGGAAGAAGGCAGCUCCAGGGGCAGUGUCUGCAGGUGGGAAAGCUGGGAGGCCAGUGAUGCCUCCGCCUCAAGUGCCUCUGCCCACAUCUUCCAUCUCGCCAGCCAAAAUGGCCAAUGGCACAGCAGGUACUAAGGUGGCUCUGAGAAAAACCAAACAGGCAGCUGAGAAAAUCUCAGCAGACAAAAUCAGCAAAGAGGCUCUUCUAGAAUGUGCUGACCUACUGUCCAGUGCAAUCACAGAACCUGUGCCCAAUAGCCAGCUGGUAGACACUGGGCACCAGCUGCUCGACUACUGCUCAGGCUACGUGGACUGCAUCCCUCAGACUCGCAACAAGUUUGCCUUCCGCGAGGCUGUGAGCAAACUGGAACUCAGCUUGCAGGAGCUGCAGGUGUCUUCCGCAGCUGCUGGCGUGCCUGGGGCAAACCCUGUCCUUAAUAACUUAUUGUCAUGUGUACAGGAAAUCAGUGAUGUGGUACAGAGGUAGCCACUGUCCGCCUAGUGGGAAGAUGCACACAUUUCUGAGGGGAGAGGGAAAGGGAAUUGUUUUCCUGUGUUCUUGUUUUCAAGUUGAAAGACUGAUACUUGAGUGUGUUUAUGUGAAGUACCUCAGACCCCUGAGUUCUCACAUUUACAGGUUCAUCUCAAAAAUAACAAGCAAAUCACACUAAAAGGAGGUGUAAAUUGGGUGGGGGCAAGGCAGUGGCAGACACGGCAGGAAACUGCUAGAAAAACAGGGAGUGUGAUUGUUUCAUAAAGAAAGAAGUGCAGCCCAUCCAUCCCUACCUGGAACCGUGUGAGGUGCUGGACUGGGCUACUCCCAGUCAUUCUGCACCACAAGAGAGCCUUGGGCUGGGGCUCUGAGGGCACCAAGAGUGAUUGUGCUCCCAGUUACCUAGCAGGUGGCAGUGGGGCGGAAGAAAGGAAAGCUGGGAAUAUAGCAAGAGGUUUGUCCAAGGCUGUUGGAAGCUGCUUCUUGCCUUGCUUCCACGGGUCAUUACUGUUGGGUCAGAGCUGCAGAUCAGAUUGCUAGGCUAUGAAAUGGCAAUACGGCCCUGUCUGUGUUUCCCAUCAUGUGUUCAUUGGUGCAGGAAAUAAAGAAUGCUGGGACAUUCAGUCAGGAAGAUAGAAACUUCCCUUUAAAAUCGUAUAUUGAUUAGCAGUCAUUUCUCCCAAUCUAAUAUAUUAUUUCCUAAUGGACCAGUAUUGAUUUUCUGCUUAUUGGUGGCUAUCUGUAAACCAUAGGUACAGGGGUCUCCUUGGUGGGUCUCUGUCGCUUGCUGGGCAGGCUGCCUUCCUUUAUUUCUGGCAGCAUUCAGGGCAUUACCCAACAUUGAUUUUGAAAAUAGUGGUCACUACAAGUUGUCAUAGGGAAGUCUUUUCUGACACAGUGCCCCUGCUUACUGACAUACUGGCGAAGGACUAUGUCAACUACAGUGCAGUACCAAGCUGAUGAUCCCUUCUUGAAACUGUGCAGCUGGGUGCAGAGGCCUAUGACUGAGAAGUUGGCUUGGUGAUAACGGCUGUUUCCCUGUUCUUUCUCCUCCUUUAUCAUCUUAAGCCCAAUGUGCAUAGACAGUUGGGGAAGGUGUUCUUUCGCCUCUCAAAUUUCUCUUCUCAUGCCCAUCAUGUUUGUUUGUACAGUUCAUAUUGGGGAUAUUCUUUUAUUUAUUUUGUCAUUUCACCUCUAUUCUAAGAGUUCAUAAUUUAAGGAGUAGGUCAUUUUCAGGGAGAACAGGUUAGAUCCUGGCAACCUAAUGACUUAACCCUUAAGUAUUUUUUGCCCUUGAAAAAUAGGCCUUUUCCGUUCCCUACUCGGUUAUAAUUAUGGAAGCUAAUUAGGAAGGAACUGAAUUGAGUAGGUUAUAUGUUACUGAUGUUCUAGGUGGUAUAUCUAAUUUUAGUUGCUUCGUUCUUUUUUUUAAAGCUUUAUACCCCCCAGACCACACAUACACACUCCUAAAGAGAAGCCAGUGAAAAUGCUUUUCCUCCCAAAGGAUUAUUAGCAUAGGAAGAUAGGGACUCAACACUGAGCAUUGAGCUUUCUCCCUGGCUCUGUCUUCGAUCCACUGUCAAGCUAUAGCACCGUCUCUUAAUCUAGGAAAUGAAAGUAACCGUACAUGUUCUCAAGGGUGUUUUGCAAAUAAAUGUAUUCACUACUGCUUUGAAAGCCUC